AUGUGGUCUUCAAGAGAUAGGGUGAAUGAAGAAAAAAUGAAUAUAAUUGGUCAAUUGAUGGUGGGCGAUGGUGGGCGAGAAGAGAAGGUCAAUAUAGAGUUGGCAAGGAGCCAUAACGCAACCGCUUUAAUGGCUCAUGUCUUUGACAAGCUGAACAUCUCAAAACGUUUGACAACCGAACGGCGCUCUAUCCGACUUCACCGACAUUCAAAGCUUUAUCGUCCACGCGUCUCAGUAAUCUCCAGACUAUCGAAGGCCUCAGACGACUUUGAAGAGACUAUUUUUGUCGUGAAACCAGUGACUGCUCCUGCUGCAGUUCUGAAGUUAUUCCAGAAAGUGGGAGAUGCGUAG